AUGGACGAACAAGAGAUCGAUGAUGCUCUUGAAGGCCACAGUGAUAGUGAACUUACUGAUUUUUCUGUGUCGGGGAGCGAAUACUUACCAUCUGAAGCAGAUAGUGAGGAUUCAAAUGCAGACGGUAAUGAUGAGGAACUUGAUGCAAAUGAAGUAAGUCAUGCAUUAAAUAUCGAAGAAAAUGUAAUUGUUACUUCAGAUGACGUAAGCCUUCAGAAUGCAGUUCUUUAUUUCUCACAAAAUAUAAGCUUAAGUGAUGAAUUAGGUUUAAAUAUUUAUGAAAAUAAUACAAGAUCAGAAUUAGAAGAACCUUAUCAGGAAAAUAAUGAAACCGCCAAUGGCAAUGUGCCCGAAACUGAUGAUGGGCCAAAUGGUGAAACUGAAACAAGUACCGGUAAUGAUGACGAUGGUAAUGAGUGGGAUGACAUAAAGAGUACUGUUAGACAAUUUCCCUAUACUGACAAUGAAGGGUUAGUAUAUGAUUUUGACAUAUCAAAUCCUGUAACAGUAUUAGAGCAGUUUUUAACAGACGAUAUUAUUAACCUCAUCGUAGAAGAAACAAACCGAUAUGCCCGGCAAGAUAUUUCAAACAAUAUCCCCAAACAGAGGUCUUUUAUGAGGCAGUGGAUUGACUGUACUAGUGGAGAAAUAAAACAAUUUCUAGGGAUUUUGAUUGUGAUGGGGAUGUGCCCUUUGCCUCAAAUAAGGUUUUACUGGUCAAAUGACACCAUGUUUAAAAAUGACUUCAUAAAACAGGCUAUGAAGAGAGAGCGGUUUGAAAUGCUUCUUCGAUGUCUUCAUUUUCAUAAUAAUGAAGAAGCAGUAGGUGAAGAACCCAGGAUGAAAAAGCUCCAAAAUCUGCAGGUCAUGUUAAAUGAUAGAUUCAAAGCUGUCAGGAUUCCAGGUGAAAACUGUAGUUAUAGAUGA